UUCUUGCGACGUGGAGCUACACAUCUUAGCCUCACUCAGAAAGUCAAGACAGGCUAAAGGCUACGGCGCUGGCGGCAAUCCCAUUUGCACAGAACAACAAUUACAACGGCCGGUAAAGAACACCACGAAUGGGAUCCGGUGCCAGAUAUCGGCCACCAUGAGCUCCAUUGUAUUCGUGGUAUCGGCGCUGGAAGCUAUCGCAGCUUCAAAGGAGGCCCAGAAAAGGCAAGAGCUGGGGCAAUCCGUACAACAGGCUUUGAAGGAAAUCAAAGAGCAGGAACCGAACCUCCCAGAUCCCGAAGUCAUUUUUACCCCUUUACAAUCUGCUACGAAAUCCGGCAGCAUACCUUUGACGACAACCGCGCUCGACUGUAUUGGUAAGCUGAUAAGUUACUCGUACUUUUCAGUUCCGUCGUCGCCAAAUGCGGAUAAGGAGGCUUCUCGAGACCCUCUAAUCGAACGAGCGAUCGAUACGAUAUGCGACUGUUUUCAGGGAGAGACCACGCCGGUGGAAAUACAACUACAAAUUGUCAAGUCAUUGCUCGCAGCCGUGCUGAACGAUAAAAUUGUGGUUCAUGGUGCUGGGCUUUUGAAAGCGGUUCGACAAGUCUACAAUGUCUUCCUCCUCUCGAAAAGUAGUGCCAAUCAGCAAGUGGCGCAAGGUACCUUGACGCAGAUGGUAGGGACGGUCUUCGAGCGAGUCAAGACCAGGAUUCAUAUGAAGGAAGCUAGGCAGAGCUUAUCGAAACUCGGGAAGAACACUCGCAAUGGAAGUUCAUAUACAGUGGAUGCUUCGGAAUCGAUCAACGACGCCUCAACUAUUAAUGAAGUGGAUGAAUCGGUACAGGAAACACCCCUAUCGGGCUCACCUAACGGCGACGGGCCUAAACUCACACUGAAAGAUUUGGAGCACCGGAAGGAUUUUGACGACUCUCAGAUGGGGGAAGGGCCCACAAUGGUUACUCAGGUCAAGCCAGCACUCUCAUCGCCUCGAUCAGGAUCUGGGCAAACUCCACCGGAAAGUACUGUCGAGGAUGGGAUGGAUUCGGAGGAAGCCGAGGAUGAAGUAUACAUCAGAGAUGCUUACCUGGUUUUCAGAUCAUUCUGUAAUCUGAGUACUAAAGUUCUGGCGGGGGAGCAACUAUACGAUCUUAAAGGCCAGGCUAUGCGAUCGAAACUCAUUUCUCUUCACCUCAUUCACACUUUACUCAAUAAUAACAUCCUCGUCUUCACAUCUCCUUUAUGUACCAUUACCAACAGCAAAAGCAAUGAGCCCACCAACUUUUUGCAGGCAAUUAAGUUUUACCUGUGCCUCAGCAUUACUCGAAACGGAGCAAGUUCAGUAGAUCGAGUUUUUGAAGUUUGUUGCGAAAUAUUCUGGCUCAUGUUGAAAUUUAUGCGAGCCCCUUUUAAGGUUGGUGAUGCAAGCAAUCUUUUCAAUUCUAAUGCUAAUCAAACUGUAGAAAGAAAUCGAGGUGUUUCUGAACGAAAUCUAUCUAGCCUUGUUAGAAAGGCGGACGGCCACUGUUGGCCAAAAAGCAUACUUCAUGGGUAUUCUUCAAAGACUAUGUGCAGAUCCUCGUGCAUUAGUAGAGACCUAUCUGAAUUACGACUGUGACGGUAAUGUUGACAGCAACAUAUUUCAAACAUUGAUUGAAGAUUUAUCAAAGGCUUCGAGCCAAGCAGUCAUGGUCAGCCCAUUGCACCAGCAACAGUAUGAAGAAAAGGCGGCGAAAGGGAACAUGAAUGGCGCGGAUUGGCAAGCAAGGGGGAUCUUGCCCCCAUCGUUAUCAACUGCUCAUAUGAGUUCACAUAACGAAAGCGCCGAUGGCGAAAUACCGAAGGAGUACAUCAUUAAACGACAAGCCUUGGAUUGCCUUGUAGAAACUCUGAGGUCUCUAGUCAAUUGGUCACAGCAAGGUAUUGCCGAGGUUACCAAUUCUGAUUCCAACAACCGCGCAUCCGAAGAUAACCGAGAUUCACUGGACCCUUCACGAAACGACAGCUCGUCAAGAAUAGUUAAUGGGGACACCCCUUUACCUACAACGCCAGUCAUUGAUGAUGAUCCCGAACAUCUCGAAAAAGAGAAGCAAAAAAAGACCGCUGUGAGUAAUGCCGUUAAGUUGUUCAACUUCAGACCAAAGCGGGGUUUGAAAGCUUUGCUCGCGGAGAAGAUUAUUCCCAGUGACAGUCCCGAGGACAUCGCUCAGUUUUUAUUGAGGGAAGAGCGUCUAGAUAAAGCUCAACUAGGAGAAUUCCUCGGUGAAGGAGACGACAAAAAUAUAGCCAUUAUGCAUGCCUUUGUUGAUGCCAUGGAUUUUACAAAACGGCGCUUCACAGAGGCGCUGAGGCAAUUCCUACAGUCUUUCCGGUUGCCUGGAGAGUCCCAAAAGAUCGAUAGAUUCAUGUUGAAAUUUGCCAAUCAUUACGCUGCUGGCAAUCCAAAUGCUUUUGCCAACGCAGAUACUGCAUAUGUUCUCUCUUACUCCGUCAUUAUGCUGAAUACAGAUUUGCAUAACAAAAACUUCAAGCAUAAGAUGACCCAGGAGGAGUUCAUCAAGAACAACAGAGGCAUCAACGAUGGUGCCAGUCUUCCCGACGAAUAUCUCAUUGCAAUUUACGACGAAAUCCUUAACGAUGAAAUCGUUCUAAAAAGUGAGCGAGAGGCCGCAGCUUUGAUGGGCGUGCCUCCUUCUGCUGGUAUUGCAGCUGGUAUAGGUCAAGCCUUGUCUACAGUCGGGCGCGAUCUACAACGUGAAGCAUAUACUAAACAUGCGGAGGAAAUCUCUCUGAGAUCAGAGCAACUUUUCAAAAGUUUAUACCGCAAAGAACGAAAGAACGCUGCGAAAUCUGGCUCUAGCAAGUUCAUCCCGGCCACUUCUUUCAAACACGUCGGCCCUAUGUUUGAUGUGACGUGGAUGUCCUUCUUUUCUGGACUGUCCGGUCAAAUGCAGAAUGCACACAAUAUUGAGAUAAUCAAGAUGUGUAUGGAAGGAAUGAAGCUUGCAAUCCGUAUCUCGUGUCUUUUCGAUCUAGGAACUGCUCGCGAGGCUUUUGUCUCCGCACUGAAGAAUGCUACGAACCUCAAUAAUCCAAACGAUAUGAUGUCCAAGAAUGUUGAGGCACUCAAAAUUAUCCUAGAGAUUGCGCAGACCGAGGGCAAUCUUCUGAAAGGGUCAUGGCGAGACAUACUUAUGUGUGUAAGUCAGUUGGACCGAUUGCAGCUGAUCUCUGAUGGUGUCGACGAGGGUUCAAUUCCUGAUGUAUCGAAAGCUCGGAUUGUGCCUGCAAGACAGGAUACAAAUGCAUCAAGGAAAUCAAGCCAAUCCACAAGAUCCGUCCGCCCAAAACCACGCCCAGCUCCUACUGGUACAGGUUAUUCCAUGGAAAUCGCAAUGGAAAGCCGCUCCGACGAAGUCAUCAAGGCAGUCGAUCGAAUCUUUACUAAUACUGCGCAUCUUUCUGGAGAGGCAAUUGUUCACUUCGUGAGAGCCUUGACAGAAGUGAGUUGGGAAGAAAUCAAGAGCUCCGGCUCAAAUGAGUCACCACGCACGUACAGUCUUCAGAAGCUCGUCGAGAUCAGUUACUACAAUAUGACUCGUGUCAGAUUUGAGUGGACGAAUAUUUGGAGUGUUCUAGGAGAACAUUUCAAUCGCGUUGGAUGUCACAACAACACGGCCGUUGUCUUCUUCGCCUUGGAUUCUCUCAGACAAUUAUCCAUGCGCUUUAUGGAGAUCGAGGAACUCCCGGGUUUCAAAUUUCAGAAAGAUUUUCUGAAGCCCUUUGAGUAUGUCAUGUCGAACAGUAACGUUGUUGCUGUUAAGGAUAUGACUUUGCGAUGCUUGAUUCAGAUGAUUCAAGCUCGUGGUGAGAACAUUCGUUCUGGUUGGAGGACUAUGUUUGGUGUUUUCACAAUUGCCGCUAGGGAGCCGUAUGAGAGUAUUGUCAACUUGGCCUUUGAAAACGUCAACCAGGUAUACAAGACAAGAUUUGGUGUGGUGAUAUCUCAGGGCGCAUUUGCCGACUUGAUUGUGUGCUUGACGGAGUUUUCCAAAAAUAUGCGUUUCCAGAAGAAGGGACUUCAGGCUAUGGAGACACUCAAAUCCAUCAUUCCAAAGAUGCUCAAGACACCAGAAUGUCCGUUAUCUCAAAAGUCCAUUGCGAACUCGGACGGGUCGACAAGAACCUCAGAGAUUAAGCAACCUAGUCGGACAACUCAAGAAGAAGCUUUCUGGUUCCCGGUACUUUUUGCAUUCCAUGACGUUUUGAUGACUGGCGAGGAUUUGGAAGUGCGAUCUAACGCUCUUAAUUAUCUCUUCGAGUCCAUCAUCAGAUAUGGUGGUGACUUUCCGUCGGACUUCUGGGACAUUCUUUGGCGGCAGCUUCUUUACCCAAUAUUCAUGGUUCUGAAGUCGAAGUCUGAGAUGUCAAACGUUUUGAAUCAUGAAGAAUUGUCAGUUUGGUUAUCUACCACCAUGAUUCAAGCGCUACGAAACAUGAUCACGCUUUUCACUCAUUAUUUUGACUCUUUGGAAUACAUGCUCGAUAGAUUCUUGGAUCUUUUGGCAUUAUGUAUAUGUCAAGAAAAUGAUACGAUUGCUCGAAUUGGGAGUAAUUGCUUGCAACAGCUCAUUCUGCAGAAUGUAACGAAAUUCCAACCCGAGCACUGGUCCAAGAUAGUGGGAGCCUUCGUGCAGUUGUUCGAGAGAACAACUGCUUACCAGCUCUUUUCUGCUGCUACUGCAUCCGGCACCACAGCAGAAAUUUCCUCGCCUCUCGAGGAGGUUGACCAAGACGAGACGUCGUCCCUCAGGAUAAAUGGGUCAAACGGCAUUGCUGCUUCAGACACAGAUAGCCUAAAUGAAGACGAGGUAAAAACCCCAACAGGAACUCCGGCAGACUUGGAAGACUAUAAGCCACAAUCUGGGCUACAACAACAGCCAGUUGUUGUUACUGCUGCUCGCCGACGUUUCUUCAACAAGAUCAUCACUCGAUGUGUACUUCAAUUGCUCAUGAUUGAGACCGUCAAUGAGCUUUUCUCCAAUGAGGCGGUAUAUGCCCAAAUACCCAGUCCAGAACUCCUUCGUCUGAUGGGACUACUCAAGAAGAGUUUCUCCUUCGCCAAGAAAUUCAACGAGAAUAAAGAGCUUCGUAUGCGUCUCUGGCGAGAAGGAUUCAUGAAGCAACCACCCAAUCUUCUAAAGCAAGAGAGUGGUAGCGCAGCGACCUACAUUAGCAUCCUCCUCCGCAUGUACCACGACGAAGGCGAGGAGCGAAAACGUAACCGCGACGAUACGGAAGCAGCCCUGGUCCCACUAUGCGCAGACAUCAUCCGUGGCUUCGUCGAACUCGAAGAGGAAUCUCAGCAAAGAAACAUCAUCGCUUGGAGACCCGUGGUGGUCGAUGUCAUGGAGGGGUAUACGAACUUCCCACGUGAUGGGUUCGAGAAGUAUAUUGAAGUUUUCUAUCCCCUCUGUGUGGAUCUCCUGAAUCGGGAUCUGGGGAACGAGAUCCGGAUUGCGUUGCAGGCUAUGUUGAGACGGGUGGGCGAGAUCAAGUUGGGACUGCCGGAAUCAAGACCGUUGGGGAGUCCAACGAGUACGCAUUCUUCGUAUCCGUUUAGGAGUAGGAGGUCAAGUCAAAGAGAAUGAGUGUGACGCUUCUUCGCUUUCUCAGCUUGACUUGGCGCAUGUACGUACGGAUGUGUGUUUAGCAUUGCCUUCUCUUUUCUUCUUCUUCUUUUAAACCUUUUUCCACCUUUCCGAUCUUGUUCUUUUGAGCGAUGCAUCUAGGACAGACAGCCUCACUUUCUCUCUUUCCCUUCUUGUUCUUGUUGACUCCUUUUUCUCCAUCUUUUGUUUUUCUGGGAAGGGCUGUACCAACCUCUGGCGUUCUUUUUGAUGGAAGACGAGGUUCUUUUUUUUCGUCUGUUCCCUUUUUUUGUGUGUUCUUCAUUGAAACUGGGUAUAGAAUGGGUACGGUGAUGGGAAAGAGUUUGGGGAAGGCGGGAGGGGGGGCAAUAUGAGGUCCCCUUUCUUUUUUUUGUACAUUAGAUAGGUAGGUAGGUUGAAUGAGAGGUUGUUGUUGUUGUUGUGGACCACCUUUUUACCUUUCAUUUUUCUUUUCGUCUUUCGGGUUAUUGAGGAGUUGUCCUGGGGGUUGAUAAAUUGGUAUAGUGUUUUUGUAUGGUAUAGUAUACAUAACCUGUAGAUAAGCAAGGCAAGUAGUCUCGGCAUCAUGAACAUAAC